AUGUCUAGCCUUAGACAAGGGUGUAUACUCUCAAUUAAAAAUGCAAAUUUCAAACCCAACACGCUAAAGAAGACUCCAUUUUUAUUCCAAAACCCAAUCACCAAUUUUCAAAUCAGCCAGCCGUUAGCUGUGAAAAAUGCCACAGUUCCAACAGAAGGGUUCCUGUCUUGGGUGAUUACGGGCCCAUAUAAGUCAAACAUGGUCAAGGUUAUUGCAGGAAAGUAUAUUAGCUUUCCGCCGCUUUCGCGAACGUAUCCAUUGAUUAAUGAACCUGCUACCCAGUUGCAAUUCUUGGACUUUAAGGAUAAAUCGGGAUUAGAUGUAGUCCAUAUGUCAGCGAGGUAUGAGUCAUUCUCAUAUAAGGGACAGUUGGAGAUGAGCGAUGACACAAACUCUGUGUUCAACUAUAUUGCCGGUUCAUACAAUUACAAUGCGCAAAAUAGGCAAAUUGAUCAAGAGUAUAUCAAAAAGUUGUUGAAAUUGUUUAAUUUAGAGCAUCUUCAAAACAAAUGGAUCAAUUUACUUAGUAAUGGGCAGAUGAGACGAGCACGAAUUGCCAAGGCCUUAGUUCACAAGCCGAAAUUAUUGAUAAUUGAUGAUCCCUUUUUAGGUUUGGAUCCUUCAAAUACGGUGAAUAUCAGUCAUGCUUUGAAAGGUGUAUGUGCCGAGUUGAACAUUAGUAUAGUAUUAGGCUUGAGACUACAGGAUGAACCGCCAAAGUGGGUUGAAGGUAUAGCUUACGUUGAUCAGUCGGGGUUGCUGCAUAUAAAAGAUUCAGAUCGUUUGAAUAUAAAGGAGCACCACCACCAACAGAAACUAGCUAACCAAGUAUCACUAACUGCAAUUAGUCCACAAGAGCAAAACAAUGUUUCGGCCCAUAUAGAGUUUGAGAAUGCAAAAGUUUCGUACAAGGAUGAUGUGGUACUUUUCCAAAAUUUCAAUUGGAAAAUUCCCAAAGGAAGUAAAUGGAGAAUCAUGGGCGACAAUGGAACUGGAAAGACUACAUUGUUGUCGUUAAUCACAGCGGAUCACCCACAGAGCUGGAAAUCGGUAUUGAAAAUAAACAAUGUUUUACGAAAAGCAGGUUCAGGAGUAACCUUUUUUGAUGUUAACAACAAGAUUGGUAUUUCGUCACCUGAAUUACAUGCAUUAGUACCGCAACAUGGUAAAACAAUGUUGGAGAUAAUCUUGAAUGGAUUGGUUCCUAAUAUUGGCAAUUCGAAUUUCAUGUAUCGGCUUGACUGGGCAAAACUAGAUCGAAAUGCCCAAGAACGAGCAAUGUACAUCUUGGAUCAUUUUAAGAAUAGGAUUGAAGCCAGUGGCAAUUGCCAAUUUGGUGAUUUAUCAAUAACGGAUCAGAAGCUAGCUUUAUUUUUAAGAGCUAUAAUUAAGAAUCCAGAAAUAUUGAUACUAGAUGAAGCAUUUUCAUGUAUGGAAGACGAAGAUGUUAUGAUCAGAUGCCACGAGUUUAUAGCUCUGGACCCAAUUCUUCAAAACACAACGCUCUUGGCAGUGGGUCAUAUAGAUUGGGAAAUACCAAAAUGUGAUUAUUUGUUAAAGUUGUUGGGAGAUGAAGAUAGAAAUUAUGAAAUGUAUAGAGUAGCCUAUUGA